AUGGUGGUGGCCGGCAGCCGAGUGGAGGUGGCCGGUUUUCGGGUGUCGGGCAGCCUGCGGGGACGGGGCGGUGGGGUGCCUCGCGAGGCUGCCGGGAGCAAGGGGAUGCUUCAGUUACGAAAGGGCAUCGCUCGGCAGCAAAGGCACGGAUGCAUGCGGAACGCCGAGUUGUUCGUCCUUUCAUAUAUCGCUGGAAAUUCCAGUGAUUCAGAAGAAGAAGACCGGAGUACCAGCAGCAUGGAAAAUCAGGCCAUCCCGAACUCCCACAGGGUGCCAGAUUCCAAACUGCAUCCACCGCACAUCAAAAUAGAUAUCAUCAGGAAAGUGCAAGCCAAAAACACGCAGCGCUAUAAAGUAGAAUAUGAUUCGCAGAGUACGGAUACACUGAAUUUCUCUUCUGAAUCCAAACAAGAGACUGAAUACGGUCCCUGUCGUAGAGAAAUGGAAGACACUUUAAACCACCUAAAGAUCCUGAACGUCUUGAGUCCCAGGGGCUUUCAUAUUCCCAAUUGUGACAAGAAGGGGUUCUACAAGAAAAAGCAAUGUCGCCCAUCCAAAGGCCGAAAGAGGGGAUACUGCUGGUGCGUGGAUAAGUACGGACAGCCGCUUCCCGGCUACGACGGGAAGGGGAAGGGAGACGUCCACUGCUACAACCUGGAAAGCAAGUGA